GGUAAGCCAAGGCAAACAGACCAGACCUGGGGUGGACAAGAGGACAGGCAUCUGUGGCCUGUGGCCCUACAUUGUCCUCCCACCGCCAUGGAUGUGCCCUGGCUCCUAGGAUUGAUUCUACUCCUCCUGGGGAGCCCCGUUGCCCAUGCUGAGCCGCUGUACAUCCUGGUGACCCCCCGGGUCCUGCGGGUCGGCAGCCCGGAGAACAUCCACGUGCAGGCUCACUCGGACUCCAGAGAGCCCCUCACCAGGACCCUCAAGGUGAACCUCACCGUGUGGGAUUUCCCCAUGAAGAAGAUGCCAGUGGCUAGGGUUCAGCUCGUUCUCUCACCAGAAAACCACUUUAUGGACCAGGCACCAGUGACGAUUCCCGAGAGCCUGGUCUACCCGCCACAACCAGGAACGCAGUAUGUCAUCAUCCAGGCAACCUGGGCACCCACCUCGGCCUCCGCAUUAAUGGAGAAGCUGGUGCUGGUGGCUCCCCACGCUGGCUACAUCUUCAUCCAGACAGACAAGACCAUCUACACUCCUGAGCAAUUGGUUCAAUACCGGGUGUACACUGUGAACCACAGGAUGGAUCCUGUGCCCAGGACAUUCACUCUGGACAUCAAGAACCCAGAGGGGAUCACUGUCAUCAGCCAGGAUUUCCUGGCCAGGGACAGUGUCUUCGCAAACUCCUUCCACCUCCCAGAGCUCAUCAGUCUUGGGACCUGGAGCAUCGAAGCCAGAUACCAAAGUGCACCCAAGCAGAAGUUCAAGGCAACCUUUGAAGUGAAGGAGUUUGCGCUCCCAUCUUUUGAGGUCCAGCUGACACCAAACAAGACUUUCUUCUACCUCAACGAUGAGGCUCUGGGUGUGAAUAUCCAGGCCCGAUAUAUAUUCAACAAGCCAGUGGAUGGACACGCUCUGGCCAUCUUUGGGGUGAAGCAGGACUCCCAUCGGAUCCCCAUCCAAAGCUCCCUGCAGAAGGUGGAGAUCUUUGAAGGCCUCGGCCACGUCUCCCUCCAGAAGGGCACACUGAUGGCCACAUUCCAAGGCCCGGAAGAGGACUUCAUUGGGGCCUCAAUCUUUGUCAACGUCACUGUCUUCUCCACAGGGGGUGAGAUGGUCCAGGCCAAGACCUCCGGGGUGAAGAUUGUCCAGAGCCCAUACAACAUCAAGUUCACCAGGACACCCCAGUAUUUCAAGCCAGGGAUGCCAUUCCACUUUAGGGUCUUCGUCUCAAAUCCUGAUGGGUCCCCAGCCUCCAAAGUCCUCGUCCGCUGCCAAAACCACAAAGUACAUACCUCAUCCAGUGGGGUGGCCACUCUGACCAUCAACACCAACGGAGAUCUGAAGGAGCUCCCUAUCCUGGUGGAAACUGAUGCACCUCUCCAGCCAGAGGAGCAGGCUUCAGCCAGGAUGACGGCUUGGCCUUACGCAACCCAGGAUGGGUCAGGGAACUUCCUGCACAUUGAGGUGAAGACGUUGAGCACAGAGGUUGGCAGCAACAUCCAGCUGAGUCUCAACACAAAGCAUCAAAAUCCUGCAGCCAAGGACUGGAUCACUCACUUCACCAUCCUGGUGAGGGGUCAGGCCAGGACUUGA